AUGGUCGCCGAAGAUUUCGAAGCCGUGCUCAAGGGCAAGUACCCGGGCAAGGCGCACGCCAGCCGCGUCGUCGACCAGAUCCGCAACAAGGAUCCCAAGGCCAACGGCGUUCUCUAUCUCGAGGGCCGCAUGACCAAGCUCCUCGAGGACAAUGACUCUCCCGAGCCCUUCCGCCAGCGUCGCUACUUCUACUACCUCACCGGCUGCAACCUGCCCGACUGCUACUUCACCUACGACAUCCAGUCCGCCAAGUCGACCCUCUUCAUCCCCCCGAUCGACCCUCGCGAUGUCAUCUGGUCCGGCCUCCCAACCACCAUCGACGAGGCCCUCGAGCUGUACGACGUCGACGAGGUCAAGUACACCACCGAGGUCAACGCCACGCUGGCUCACAUUUCGAGCACAAACUCCACCUCUACAAUCUACGCCAUCAACGGCCAGGUCUCGGAUCACAUCACCUUUAUCGGAUUCGAGAACAAGGACUUUGCUCUCCUCAAGGAGGCCAUUGAACUCUCUCGGGUCGUCAAGGACGAGUUCGAGGUGGCCAUGAUCCGCAAGGCCAACCACGUCUCCAGCUUGGCCCACAAGGCCGUUGUUGAAAAGGCAAACAAGGCGUCCAACGAGAGGGAGCUUGAGGCUGUCUUCUUGGAGCGAUGCGUUGCCCACGGCGCCAAGAACAUGGCAUACACGCCCAUUGUUGCCAGCGGCACGGCUGCGGCGACUCUUCACUACAUCACCAACGUUGCUCCGUUGGCUGGAAAGCAGAACCUGCUGAUUGAUGCCGGUGCCGAGUGGGACAAUUACGCUGCUGAUAUUACAAGAACUUUCCCCCUCAACGGCAAGUUCACCAAAGAGGGCCGUGAGAUUUACGACAUCGUCCUCAAGAUGCAAAAGGAGACCAUGGCUAUCCUCAAGGCCGGCGUGCACUGGGAAGAUGCCCACAUCCUGGCCCACAAGAUUGCCAUUGACGGCCUGUUGGCCAUCGGCAUCCUCAAGGGCGACAAGGACGAGAUCUUCAAGGCCAGAACCAGCCAGGCCUUCUUCCCCCACGGCCUUGGACACUACCUGGGCAUGGACACCCACGACACCGGCGGUAACCACAACCGCCAGGACCCCGAUGUCAUCUUCCAGAACCUGCGCCUGCGAGGCCAGGUCCCCGCUGGUGGCGUUGUGACUGUUGAGCCGGGUGUCUACUUUUGCAAGUUCAUCAUCGAUCCCUACUUGGAGAACCCCGAGCACAGCAAGUACAUUGACGCCGAUGUGCUUGCCAAGUACUGGGACGUGGGCGGUGUUCGUAUCGAGGACAACAUUCUCGUCACCGAGACGGGCUACGAAAACCUCACCACCGCAAUCAAGGAGCCGGCUCAGUUGGAGGCCCUCAUGGCGGCUAGCUAG